AGAGCGAAAGAACAAUAAUAGUGGGUUAAGAAGUGUGUGUGCGCGUGCUUGCGUGCGUGAUGGAUGUGGAGUGAUAUCCCUGUGAGUCAUAGCCGAGCUAAAAUGUCAACUGGCUGCGCAACCAUCUCUUUGUCAUGCACACACACACACACACACACACACCUGAACAACACAAAUCUGUGACGACUAUUUACGACCUUUUGUCUCUUUGUGCGCCUCCAUUUUGACGAGAAUGAUGAUGAUGAAGUCAACACAGUUUAUAAAGAGCACAAUGUAACAAACACACAAGUGGGCAUCAUUUAAUCGUGUAGGCUGUUUGGCUUCAAAGACACCACACCCACUUUUUUAUGAAAUGCUCUCUGUGUGUGUGAUUAAAGUUAAAAGUAUGAGCACACAGGAAGGGUGUGUUUGGAAGUCCAUCCUGUUUGGGACAGUGCAUGCCUCCUAAAACACCCACACACGCACAAACACACACGCACGACUUUGGACAUCUGCAUGCUUACAGAACAGGUGCACACCUGUUACAGGUCCAUAAAGUGAUUGAAGGAGGAGUCGUGCCCUCCACAGUCCAGACACUGGAUAAUGGCAUAACACCGCACACACUGCUGAGGAUGGAUUCCCCGCCAGAUUGCAUCUUGUCCCUUUCCUGUGAGCAACCCCUGUCUCCUCCCACACUAGAGCCUAGCCCCCAGGGGCUCCAAAGCCCACAUCCGUCUCCUCAAAGUCCAGAUACGGUGCCGUACUCCCCUCUCUCUCCGUUGGUCAUUCCUGCAGUGGCUCACCACCACCAAGAGGAUGAUGAGUUAAAAGAGCAGGAUGGCGACGCACCGCCAUCGCCCACUCCGGCCGUGGCAUUAUUUCCAGGAGGAGAAGCAGGACACAGUCCAUUUUUGGACUCUUCUCCGCCAGCCACACCGUCAGCAACACUCCUCGGGUUUGGAGCCUUAGAGUUGGCUUUGUCUUCAGGCCAGAGCGGAACCUGCAAUGAUGAACUGGACCUUCAGCUUUUCCAGAAGAAUGCCAUCACCAGGGCAGCACCCGGAGUCGGAGGUUCUUCAUCUGUACCUUCGCUCAAGUUCCCUUGUCACGUGUGUGGGAAAAGAUUCCGAUUCCAAAGCAUUUUGUCUCUACACGCCCGAGCUCACAGCCUGGACAGGCAUCGUCGAGCCUCACCACAUUACAGCAGCAUGCUCCCCUCAGCGCCCCUAAAACAGCACCUAAAGGUCCAACAGCGCAAAAAAAACAUAACCACGAACCACAAAAAAGACUCUAACCAGUGCAUGCUAACUGCGAAUGUCAUUCAUCAGCCAGAGGAAGAGGAUGUUGAUGGCGAAGUCAAAGGAUUGGAAGAGGACCUUCAGUUUGAACAAAAUCAACCUUUCCUGCUGGAUGACAGCACAGACCCUCCUUCUGUGACCACAUCGACUCCAUCAGCACCUACGUUCCGCUGCCAUGCCUGCAAAGGAAAAUUCAGGACGACUUCAGAGUUGGCACGCCAUGUAAGGAUUCUCCACAAUCCCUACAAAUGCACGAUGUGUCCUUUCUCCGCCAGUCAGGAAGCUUCCCUGGCAUCCCACCUGCAAGAGUGCCACCUUUCCUCUGAAGGGCCUGCUCUUCCGCCAGCAUUUACCAAUGGCAGGCCCGUCAGUGCACCCUCAGAGACUCUUUCAGCCCAAACCUCGGCUUCGACUCAGGUGACAUCACCUGCUAAAGUGUCAGGAUCAUCCUCACUGCCUGCAUUCCGUUGUGAAACUUGUGGACAAAGGUUCACCCAGUCUUGGUUUCUUAAGGGACACAUGCGGAAGCACAAGGACUCCUUGGACCAUAAGUGCCAGGUUUGUGGCCGUGGCUUUAAGGAACCAUGGUUCCUGAAAAAUCACAUGAAAGUACACCUCAACAAGCUCGGUCUCAAAGCUGGCUUGGGAAACAUUGACCAACAGGCUAAAAGCUCUGCCAGUAAUCCGUCCCUGAAUGCCCUCUACUCCAGCCUCCUUUUGGCUCAGCAAGGGGGUGGCAGGGCUGGCCAAGGUAGACCAGAUAAGGAGACCAGAGGCAAAAUGUGUUCAAGCAAGUCAGCCAUUUUGGGCUACCUCGGCCUUCCUGGAGAAGGCAGCGGAGCCAGCUGCAUGGAGAGACUCCAGGCUGUCGCCCAAGUUGCAGAGAUGGGAAACAGUGUUGGUGAUAUGAGCUCAGAAGGAAGAGAGACAGGAGGAAACAGAGGCCUAAGUGAUCCCACAGUAUCUGAAGGAAGGGAGCAGGCCGCCUGGUGGCAACUAGUGGCUCGCAGCCUGGCUGUGGCUCAGCACCACCAGCAUCAACGAGUCAAUCAGAGAAACAAGUCAAUGAUAGCAGAAAGUGACCCAGUCAGAACCUAUGUUGACACUAUGGAUCCCAGAGAAGCGUCUGGAGCAGCAGAGGGCUCAUGGGAAUGCCCCGACUGCGGAAAGGUCUUCCACAGUCUACAGCAGGUUGUCGCCCAUGCUCGUGUUCAUACUCAGAAAGCCCAGAGAGAAGGUGAUGUGCAGAGCAGUGGCAGCUCCAGAGGGAGAGGAGGCCCUGGUGAAGUCCGGCAGGAUCCUCAACUUCUCAGCAGUGGAGAUAAGAGGCAAGAAUCCAAAGGAGCAUCUGCGGUCUUUCCUUCAGUCAUGCCAGCCUUGAAAGGAGAGAACGGCGCAGCAACCUUCCUUGCGUCGCUUCCCACCAGAGAACGUGUGCGAGGCAGAGGGAUUAAAGAUUGCCCCUACUGCGGUAAAGCCUUCCGCUCAUCCCAUCACCUCAAAGUGCACCUCAGAGUUCACACAGGUGAGAGACCCUACAAAUGCCCCCACUGCGACUACGCUGGUACCCAGUCUGGCUCGCUCAAGUAUCACCUCCAGCGGCACCACAGGGAGCAGCGUACCAUGUCGGCAGGCUCCUCCAGUACUGCCGCUAUCAACGGUCUGCCUUCUGCUAAGCAGCGUCGCUCUCAACUCAAUCACAGCCCCUCUGGCGGCGCUCCAGCUGACAGUCCUACCUUGAGGCCGACACAACAGUCUUGGCUGCUCGGUAUUCCAGACCAGCAGGACCACCGUAAGGCCUUGGCAGCUCUAAGGGAUGUCGACCUGGAGACGCAGUACCGCUAUCUGUCAGGAGUAAUGGGGGCGCUUUACCAAGGUGGUAUGGAAGGAGCUUGGAUCAGGGAGUCCCCCCCUCCAAAAGCCCAGAAGAUAUCUCGCAGGAAGCCCCUUACCACCAACCGUAUGGUGCAACCAUCCAGCGACAAACAAGCAUCUUCCAGUCAAGCUGGUUUUGAACCUCUAGAUCUGUCCCGCCGUCCCUCACCAAGCCUCGGAGGGGUGGAAGAAGAGGGAAUCUUUCAAGAGGAAAGUUGUGGUGACCGCGUUACAUUAAACCAGUGUUCCGAAUGUCCAUUUCGGACAUCCUCCUCUGAGCUCAUGAAUAUGCACCUGCAGGUCAACCACACCAGUAAAUCCAGACGCAAGAGAGGCUCUGUAUCCUCCUUCGACGAUGAUGGCGCUUCUAAAGUGAUCAAAUCCCGCUCCUAUCCCACUGAGCUCGACUCCUUUGGGAUUUGGAGGCAUGGAGAAGGGUCCUCUACUCAGACCAGAACCCCCAAUGAGCUUGCUCCUGAUGAUUAUAAUGAUGAUGAUGAUUGCCAAGAAUCCAAUUGGGCUUUGGUACCCCAAACUUUGAGUGACAGUCGGGUCCUCCAAGAGGAAGGGGAGGAGGAAGAAGAGGGUAGCAGUCUUGAGGAUUCCCCAAGACAGGAUUAGGAUACUGCACCAACCAUGAUUGGACCCGGCAGAAAUUAGGUUUGGAACUUCCAGAGAGAGCUAUGGUCCUGACAGGGUGGUCCUCCAAACAACAAGUAUGGACAUCUUUUUCUAUUAAUUUUUCAGCCUCCAAACUUCCUCGAGGGUGUUCAAUCUGAUGAACAGAUCCUGCAUCAUUCCAGUUUCGGUUUCUCUACGAGAGAUGGACCAAACCGUUGCAAGGUCAAGGUACUGGUCCAAGUCGCGCAAAGCUGUUGAAGUGAACGUGUGAUUUAAUUUUGCCUUCCUGUCUGAUAUGUGAGCUUUAUAGAAAAAAUUGUGUUUUUGUCUGGUUUUUAAGUUAGUGCCUGUACUUCUGCUUGGAGGAUGAGGUAGGAUCACUUGUUUGACCUUGAAACCCAGCCCCAGUACACUUGGCAUUACAGUGCACUUGUAGAUUUAGUUGCGUUCUGUGAAAGUGAUGCUGAUGUCAUCGAUGUAGAUGAUGAAAAAGGAGUGAGCAAAAGCUCAAAACACAAUCAAGUGGAGAUGCUCUUCUUUGUUGGUACAGUAGGAGCACCGAUUAAAAACACUAACAAUUAAGACAAUAUAGACAUCCCAGUAGAACACGUAGCCUCUAUCACAAAAAAAUGGCAUUCCUGAAAGAAACUUAAAGAUUAUUUUGAUGUGUGUGUGAGCUAAAACUAGUUGGAAUGUCCUUAAGGCGCACUGUGCAAGUCCUCAAAAUACCAUAAAUACUGUGCAAGUCCUCACAAUACCAUAAAUACUCAAUAGCCCGGGAGGUAAUUUACCUAAACCGUAAAUUGGAAACGGGUGAUAAUUGGAAAGAGUCCGUUAAACAACCUAAAUAGUAUUUUGGAGUUCAUGAAAAAAUGUAAAGGGAAAUGUAGCUCUCUGACUACAUGGUCAUGUAUUAACAAGGAUGUUGCAGAACACAGCAUCAACACAACUGAUAUAACAGCGGUUAGGCGCAAAGUGCUCAGCCGGGAUUAAUAACACUGAUGAGUUGGUUAUAAACAACAUAACAAGUAUGUGAAGUUUAACACGAAUGCCAACAGCGGAGUCACAACAUCUUUAGUGCAUGCAGAAGUAGAUAAAGCCUGGCUUGUGCAAAAUUCUGGAUAUGGAAGUUAUAUUCAAUUCAUUUGAAUAAUUUACAUUUCAACUGAAUUGGCUGUUGAAUCAGAAUUUGAGUUACAGAACGUUUAAAUAAUUUGAUUUUUAAUUCUGUGAAAUUCCAUAUAGCCAAAAAGAAUGUGUCACAUUUACAUACUGUAAGUUUUGGCCUAACUCUGAAAAAAUAUUUUACAAACACUAAAAUUCAACACAAAUGAUUAAUUCCCAGACUUAUUUUCCAAAUUCCAGUAUAGCAAUUAUGUAUUUUUCAAUCAAUCAAUCAAUCAAUGUUUAUUUAUAUAGCCCUAAAUCACAAAUGUCUCAAAGGACUGUACAAACCACUACGACUACGACAUCCUCGGAAGAAACCACAGAAGGGCAAGGAAAAUUCACAACCAGUUUUUCCAGCAUUGUCCAAAAUGUGAAUGUUGUAAUGCAUCAAAUGAGAUAAUCUGAAUAAUAUAUGCUUUAAUUCUUGUCAAUGAAAAACAGUCGUUAAAAUAUAAUUGGCACUUAAGGUAAAAAUAAAUGUGUUUUGUGUUUCUGAAUUAGCUAAAUUGACUUUAUAAUGUGUAAAUGUGGUUCAUAGUAUUAGAAUGUCUAUAGGAUAUGUAAAAUGGACUGUAAAGCAUGAUUUUGGUAUACAGCAAAAAUAUAAAUUGUAACUUCAGUUGUACUUACUGCUUAGAUGCAACAUCCAUUCAAAAUCAUAGAAUUUAAUUUAAAUCUGGAAGACUUUCUUAAUACAAUUCGGAAUUUUGCUAAAGCCUGGAUAAUGCUAAACCACUCAUGAAACUUCAUAUGCAGCUCCUGUGAGGAAAUAAAAAGCUUGCCUACCGCUACAAAUGUCAUUGAUAAUGUUUUUUUUUUGCUCUUCUCUGAUCAUAGACCAUUUUGCAGACUACGAGACUGAAUUGAACAGAGGUGUUAAUUUAGGCACUUACGGUUGACAAUUACUCUUUGUUUUCUUCUUCUCGUUUUUUUUAUUCACGAUUGACGUUGUUUUCAGACGCCUUGCUUUGCAAUAGCCGCACGACCUCAUCCAAAUGUGUCGUCCAACCCUGGGAACUGGUUGUAAAAGAGUGUUUAAAUACAGUACAUGCUUUGGUUUUGUUAUUCCGUGGGAAUGUAAGGCUGCAUCUCUUGAGUCUCCUCAGCAAAGAGUGUCAAAGCCACCGUGCCUUCUGUUUCAAGCACUUCCUGGUGUUUUUUGUACAACUCACCAAAAGCCGAUAGCGACACGCUUCUUCCUGUCUGUCCUUCCGUCCCUCCCCCCCCCCACCACCCUUAAGUACAGACCUUAAACAGGGUCACUAGGCCCAACAUGUAUCGACCAAAGCCCGAGUCAAAGACUAAUGGGUAUAUUUAAUCUCUUAAAUUGCCAAAAUCUGUCCGACGUGACACUAAAGUUCAAUGAAGACUAAUAAUCCCUUCUUCCAUCUUGCUCGUCCCUUGUGUUCCUGGUUGUCCAUAAACCGGAGGUGACGUAUCUGCUAUCGAGGCCUUUAUUGUUAUUAUAAGAGAUACAUCUUUGUGUGCGUGUGCGUGUGUGUGUGUGUGUGUGUGUGUGUGUGCGUGUGUGUGUGUGUGUGUGUGUGGAAACAUUCUUUCCAUAAUGAUUAUUGAAUUAUUGUUUCAGCGUCGAAAAGAAGGUUAAAAGAAAACUUACAAGAAAUGUCUUGUUGAAUGUUGUACAGAUAGAGAUUAGAGGUGUCGUCCGUUGUGUUGUUUUUCUUUCAAAUGAGAGCACAAACCUGAGUGCUGGUCCUUUUGGCUCCUCCCACCGGCAUUUGGGAUUAAAAUAAGACUGCCAAUCACCCCAACCCAAACCAGAGCACAGUUCAAAACAAUAAUUGUUUUGAAUGUACCGUAUGUGAAAUGCACUGUGCCUCAAACGCAUGGUCCCAAAUUUCUAAUCCAAUUUUUGGACACCUUGAAUAUUUGUUGCACCUUAUCUCCUGCCUGUCAAUCAAUCAAUGAGGGUAAAGUAUCGUUGAGGAGGCGAGUGGGCCAUGCCAGGUUUGGGCUCUUGUGUAGUUGACUGCCAUUGCAGUGAGGAUCAAAGUGAUCUAACAUAGUAGUGACUAAUAUGAAUUUGUGGACAGAUGAAAAAAGAAUACAUUAGAAAUAAAGAUAAAUACUAAAUGAA